AUGGAAGUCAAUGGUGAACCAGAUAUAGCUGGUAUUUUAAGCGCGGCUUUAAUGCCAUUGAAAGAUAUGAAACAUGCAGAUAUUUUGGACCAGUAUGAAAUGAACAUGGCUGAUGGAAAUAUAACACCUGACGUUCUAGAACAUUUAUCUCAAAGAACUACACAGAACCAUAGAGAUGGUAUAUUUGGUGAAGAGUUUAGAAAGAAAGUUAGGGAGACAGAAGGAAGAGAACCUAUUGUACAUGACCUUGCAAACGAAAGUUUGCAAAAUGUCAUAAAAACUUACUUUGCAGACAAUGAACCGAGAAGGGAUGAAUAUUUAAGAAAACUCAAAUGGACAGUACCAAAUGAAAUGUUAGUAUUGAAAAACAUGUUCCUUGACAAAAUAAAACCAACUACAGAAAUAAACGACGCAAGACUGAAAGAUUGGGUAGAAGCUUUCCCAUUCACAAAAGAUAUAGUUGGUAACAUGGAAAGAAAACCAGAAUGGCUACAAAAACAUAUAUUUGGAAACGAGCAUAUUCCAUAUGGACAGGCACUGUUUGAAGAGCUUGAACCGGAAACUCAGGAAAGAGUCAUGCAAACAAUACGCGAAGACUCAAAUACAGACUAUGACAAACUCUUUCUAGGAUAUAGGUUACCUGAGAUGGGCGACCAGAGCCAAAAGGCAAAAAGGACAUGGGAAAUUUGCAACAUACUAGAUGAACAUAAUGCAAAGAUGCAACAACUUCAAGCAGAGGGCAAUGAAGGAAAAAGAAGAGUUAAAAACUCAGUCAGGAAGAAAGUAAAGCUUGGUCCACGUGGGUUCUAUUAUGACACAUAA